CUUCCAAUCCCACAAAAGAAAAGAGAAGCAAGUCAAAAUGGCUAACUUUGCUCCGGGAAAUGCCGGCGGUCAGUUCCGAGAUUUUCCGGCGAUUAAUACGUACGGUGGUCGAUUUAUUCAGUAUAGUAUUUUUGGAAACUUAUUUGAGAUAACGUCUAAAUAUCGGCCACCGAUCAUGCCGAUUGGUCGUGGAGCCUACGGCAUCGUUUGCUCGGUGUUGAAUACGGAGACGAAUGAAAUGGUAGCGGUAAAGAAAAUAGCCAACGCUUUCGAUAAUCACAUGGACGCUAAGCGUACGCUUCGUGAGAUUAAGCUCCUCCGACAUUUGGAUCACGAAAACGUAAUUGCAAUAAGAGAUGUGAUUCCUCCUCCUAUGCGUAGAGAUUUUGCUGAUGUCUACAUUGCCUUAGAGCUUAUGGAUACCGAUCUUCACCAAAUCAUUCGCUCCAAUCAGAGUUUAUCCGAGGAGCAUUGUCAGUAUUUCUUAUAUCAGAUUCUUCGAGGACUGAAGUACAUUCAUUCUGCAAACGUGAUUCACAGAGAUCUGAAACCCGGCAACCUCUUGCUCAAUGCUAACUGUGAUCUUAAGAUUUGUGAUUUUGGUCUGGCUCGACCUACAGCUGAGAAUGAGUUCAUGACGGAAUAUGUUGUCACAAGAUGGUAUAGGGCGCCUGAGCUAUUGCUGAACUCUUCGGACUACACAGCCGCCAUAGAUGUGUGGUCAGUUGGUUGCAUUUUCAUGGAGCUCAUGAAUAGAAAGCCUUUGUUUCCUGGAAAGGAUCAUGUACAUCAGAUGCGUUUGUUGACCGAGCUACUUGGCACACCAACUGAAACAGAUCUUGGGUUUCUUCGAAAUGAGGACGCAAGACGAUACAUCAGGCAGCUUCCUGCACAUCCUCGCCAACCGCUAGUAAAUGUUUUCCCACAUGUUAAUAGAUCGGCACUUGAUCUUAUUGACAGAAUGCUGACAUUUGAUCCCACCAGAAGAAUCACCGUUGAAGAGGCAUUGGGCCAUCCUUAUCUUGAAAAACUACACGAUAUAACCGACGAACCCGUCUGCCCCGUACCUUUUAAUUUCGACUUUGAGCACCAAUGGUUGGGAGAAGAGCAGGUGAAGGACAUGAUUUACAAGGAGACAUUAGCUCUGAAUCCAGAUUAUGCUCCAUCAUAAAAAUCUUCUAAAUGCGCCAGUCCGAGUUAUCUUUGAUGUAAAAGUUUGCGGUGAAUGCUUUUAUUUUUGCUGUAUAUGGUUUACUGUAACAAAGGCAAGAGAUCAAUCCAGUUGUAACAAAUAUCGAGUUGUAACACGGGCUGUAAUUAUGUAAAUGAGACGAGACAGAUCUCGAGUUAUUUGA